UAUUUUGUCGGACUCUUCCACUUCGAGUUCGUCUCCAAACUCAGAAUUUUCAGUUACUGAUCAACCAAUGAUGAUCUAUAAACUCUUCUUAAUUCUUCGUUUCACUUCCCGUUGAUCCUCUUCUUAUAUAAAGCGCUAUAUCUAAUCCUAAAUCCACCCAAAAUCGAGUCGGCAGCAGAAACGCUUUCAAACAGAAUUAAAGGUAGACUACUGCAUCUACUGGAAAGAACAUCUCAAAAGCAAAUGCAUAAGUUUGAGAAAUAAGCAAAGUUGCAGGUACGAUCAUCCUGAUGGUACUUCUCUACAUCUUUUAGAGCUCAAUCAAAGUCUAGAACUUGGGUUAGUUUAAGUGUUUGUGAGGUUAUAGCAACACAAGACCAAGAAGUCAUUUGAUUAUACAUCUCAGUAUUGUGUUAUGUCCAAUAACCUCUACAUGAUGAGUCACUUUAUGCUCAAGAAGUUGUUUUUUUGUUUGUUUAUUGCAUGAGUUGUGUGUUGUGUGUAGUUUAUGAUGGGAAAGGGACGCUUGAGGAAGGAGAGACAGCAGAAAGUAGAUUCAUAAAGAUUCAGGCUGCCUACGAGCUGCUCAUGGAAACUGAGAAGAGAAGACAGUACGAUAUGGAUAACCGAGUGAAUCCAAUGAAGGCAUCACAAGCUUGGAUGGAAUGGCUGAUGAAGAAGCGUAAAGCAUUUGAUCAGAGAGGUGACAUGGCCAUUGCAGCUUGGGCUGAGCAACAACAGCUUGAGAUAAACUUGCGUGCUCGUCGUCUUUCGCGUUCUAAGGUGGAUCCGGAAGAAGAGAGGAAGAUACUGGAGAAGGAGAAGAAAGUGUUAAGACAGUUGUUUAACAGUACUCUGAAGCGACACACGUUGGUAUUGAAGAAAAGAGAUUUGAUGCGAAAGAAGGCUGAGGAGGAUAAGAAGAAGCUCAUCACUCAGCUGUUAGCAGCUGAAGGUCUCGAGCUUGAUACUGAAGAAGAGGAGGAAGAGACAGCCAAGUAAACAUUUUCGAAAGCUUCACCUUUCUUUAUAUCUUCUUCAAGUAACUACUAACUAAGCACUUGGUACUCUGUCUCUGUUUCAACUUCUCUUACAUGUAGAUAUUAUAUUUUAUAUUUACCAGAACUUCAAUUCACGGUUCAACAUUAA